GUUGUCUGCUCCCAUAUAUCCAAAGACGCAAACUGUGUAAACAAACACAGUUUUUUUGUAUUUUGAUCCACUUAACGUAUUAACAACACUCAAUUAUGGAAGUGAAUUCAUUAUUCCAUUAUCUAGAAAAGAUUGUAACGGACAUGUUGGCAAAUCCAGGAAGCACCAAGUGCUUGUAUGCAGAAGAUGGAAGCAGAUUUUUCAAGUUUGCUUCCCUCAUAUUUGAAGACAUGGAUGUGAAGGAUCCUCAAUCUUUGUACUUACGAGAGGCAUUGCGAGGAUUUAGGAAGUCCUACGGGUCAAGAUCGGCUGAUGUCUGCUUGUAUUACGUUUUUCAGUUUAUCAAAGUUGCUCAACAUCUUCAACCUCAGGGCGUACCCUUUGCUUUAACAACAAAUGAAAUGAAGGCCACUCUGGAACAAUGUAAAAAGCAUCUUGUCUCACAUGUUUCCUCUACUUUCAAUAUUCUUCAAACAGGAGAUCUUCCAUGCUUUGAUACUGACAAACCUCAUGACACAGAACUUCCUCAUGUUCUUGAUAUUAACUUGACCCAUUGGGAAGCAAGAGACUCCUAUACAGCAGCAACUUCUGAGUCAUAUCAUAGGGAUCAAAUAGAUGCAAUUGCGUGUGGAAGGAAAUAUGUUACAGAAAAAGUUCAAAAAUCAAUAGACCUUAAUAAUUUUCAUGGCAGAAAAAGUGAUGUUGUUUCUGAAAAACAAGAUUGCAAAUCAUCUGGAUGUGCUGUUGAUGUUGUGAAAUGUGUCCCUGGUACAAGGAAUAAAGAGAUAACUGAAGAUAAGACUUGUAUAAAUGGAAAGGGUAACUUAACUGAUAUGGCCAAACAAAAAGAAGUAAUUGGUUUGGGAAAAGAAACAACUGAUAAUGGAGAUCGAGAUGAGGUCAUACACCUAGAAAUGAGAAAUCUGAAACAAGAUUUGAUUGAAGAUGAUGUUUCUUGGUUCUUUUCCACUGAAGAUAGAUCAUUGAUGAAAGUAAAGAAUGAAGUUGUUUCAUCUAAUUUGCAUGAAAAUAAGAGAAUUGCAGUUGAAAUAGAAAUUGAAAAUAACACAGAAUCGAAUGAAAAACAAAUGGUUGAGGUUGAAGGUAAAGCAAUUGAAUAUGCAUUGACAAUUUCACGAAAAGCUAAUGACAAAGAAACCACUGAAGUAAAAUCUGAGGAAAUUGAAGAUGACCUAAUUAGAGAACUAGAACAGUUGCAGAAAGAUAUAGCAAAUGAUCUUGAACAAGUUGCCUUGCUUCAAAAUCAUACAGCUGCAAAACAAGUAAAGAGGUCAAAUGACUCAAUAGAUGAAGUAUCUGUGAUAAAUACUUCCUCUGACAGCGACUUUGAAGAUUGUUUUGAUGAUUUUGAGAGAACUACUAAAACAAAUAAAGAUUACAAUGAAAUGAAAUUGAAGAAGAAGACACAAGAAAGUCUGUUUAAAUUUGAUACAUUUGAUAUUGAGUUAGGUGAAAAUUUGGAUCAAGAGUUUAAAGAAGUGGUGUUUGUAAUGGAUACCAGUGCAGAAAUGAAAAGAGCUGAAAGUUUUGUUGAUGAUGAAGAACAAGACAAUAAUCAAGAAAAUAGUGGACACACGACUUCUACAGCAAAGUCACAAGAAUUGCUUGGCUCCAGACAGUUGCAUAACACUGAUCCAAAGGAAUUUAGUUUACCACUAAAUAGUUUAGCUAAAUCUCAAAGUAAGCUUGAUUCUUUAAAUCUUCAGGAUGUUCAAAUGAUGUUAAAAUGUGUCAAUGAUAAGCAGAGCACAUUUGCAGCUAAGAUGGCUGUUCUAAGUAGACAUUUGAAUGUUAAUAAUGAUGUAAACUCAGAAAAUAAAAGUGAAGUUGUAACAGACCCAUCAAACAGAAGUAUCAACAAUGGAGAUGGAAAACUAAACAAGGAUAGCAAUACAGAUACCACAAGCCCAGUUAACAUUGAGGUUAAGCAUAUAAACAGAACUAAAAAAGAGCUAAUAGAAGAUGGCAAGGACCAGCUCGACCAACAGACUCGCCAACAAGAAACUGAUGUGAACAAAAAACUGGAUCCAAGCAAUAAAAAGAGUUUUUACAAGAAACAUGCGGAUAUUACAAUUCAGAAAGACAAAUCCAAAAACAGAAAUGAAAUUUUAAAACUUGUGAAAGGAACUGUUGGUGACAAUGACAGUGAAAUUGCAGAUGUUGUAACAGAUAUUAUUAUGUUCCAAAAUGACGGAAAGGCAGAGGGGAAAAAGUUUAUUCUGGACCCAGCUGUUGUGCAGUGUUACUGUCAGCCUGGUGGGAAGAGAAGACCAGUUCUGGUUCCUGGUUUGGUGAUAUCUACAUUAUCUAACCAACUGGGAACCAUUCUCAGAAAUGGACAGUCAACAUCAUACAGGACUUUGCUCCUGAAUGCCGACCUAGCACGGGACUUCAGACACAAAGGUUACAAGAGCAUGAAAGGGACACAACUCAUUUCAGCUGAAAACUAUGCCUCCACAGUUGAUGAGAAAUCUACCUGGAAACAAUCCAUUUUCACUGUUCUCAAUCAGUUGAAAGUCAACCUGAUACUGGUAAAAGGAACAGCAUCAGAAUGGAUCAGAACAGAGCUGGAAUCAAAUGGCGUGGUUGUGCUUGACCAGAUGGGUUACCGAGCAUUGGAGCUUGUUUCCAUGGCAACACAAACAGACAUGCUUACCUAUGUUUUACUAGCAAAUGAGGACAUGGUAUCUGAGGGUAUAUCCUUGUCUUCAUGGCAACCAGACUGGAUGGACCAUUUAAAAUGUCACAAUGAAGUUGUCUUAACUGUUCACAAGUCACCAUUGCAGACAGUGGUCAUUAGCGAAAUUCACCCUGCACUCUGUGACCUCCGAGAGCAGGAGUUCUGGGAUUGUUUGUACCAGCUGACCUCAGUUUUGACCUUUGAUGACAUAGUUGUGGGUCAAGGUCAAAUAGAGAAAUACUGCAUUGAUGUCAUUGAAAAAAAGAUAGGUGUCCUUCAUUCGGCAUCCGAUGUUAGCUACAGACCACCAAUACUUGAAACAUUUCAAAGAGCUCUUCAGCAUUACAUACAACAUGUGUCGCCUUACCACGGAUACAUUGAAAGCUCAACUAUGAAGAUGAAAAUUCUUACAAGAGCGCUAGACAUAGCGAGUGUAGUUGUAAAUAUUGACUGUUUCAUACAGACAGGGCGUACUGAUAAUGAUAACGUGGACAGCUUGUGAAAAGUCAAAAGUAGUGAUUCCCAUUGCUUGGAACACUUAACCAAAAAGUGUAAAAACAGAUUCAAGAUAAAGAUAGACGUUGGAAUGAGAACAUUAAAUACAUUAUGUAUUCAUUAUGAUUGUAUCAUUUAUGAGUGGUCAUUCAAUAUGGAAUUUAUUAUAUACGUUUUCAGAAAUUGAUAAAAACAAGCCAAGCCUUAUUAAUAUAUAUGACAUUUUGUCGAUUUAAGUUUAAUAGUAAGUAUAUUAAAUUUAAUUUUGAAGCCAAAAAUGUGAUAUUCUAUUUAUACCAUGCUGCAUGAUGGCAAUUUAUGGUAAAAGUUUAUUUAUAAUCAUAGAAUACUUUCUGAAAGGUUAAUCUGCAAUAGAUAUUUAGCCGUAAAGGUAAAUCAACUGCAACUAUGUUUAUGAAGGUUUAGAAGUUUGAAUUAAUAUGAAAUUACUUGAAAUCUUAUAGUGAAUUAUUUUGCAAAACCAUUUAUUGUGUUUAUUGUUCAUUUUGAUGUUAGAGCAAUAAAUAGUUUCUACUUA